CCUAUCUUCACGGCAACCCUUAGCCCUAACUCUUCCGUCACAGCUUCUGACUAUUUCAUUCCGAAUCUUUUUGGUUUCCGAGAAAAUCAAAGAGAAAUUUCCGAUGGCACCCAAGGCCGAGAAGAAGCCCGCGGAGAAGAAACCGGCCUCUGAAAAGCCGGCGGAGGAGAAGAAGGUCGCGGAGAAAGCUCCGGCGGAGAAGAAGCCGAAGGCCGGGAAGAAGCUGCCGAAGGAGGCCGGCGGAGCCACCGGCGACAAGAAGAAGAAGCGGACGAAGAAGAGUGUGGAGACCUACAAGAUCUACAUCUUCAAGGUGUUGAAGCAGGUUCAUCCCGAUAUCGGGAUAUCGAGCAAGGCAAUGGGGAUCAUGAACAGCUUCAUCAACGACAUCUUCGAGAAGCUUGCUCAGGAGGCUUCAAGGCUCGCCAGGUACAACAAGAAACCCACAAUCACGUCUCGGGAGAUUCAGACCGCGGUCAGACUUGUUCUUCCAGGUGAACUCGCCAAGCACGCUGUCUCCGAAGGGACCAAGGCUGUGACCAAGUUCACUAGCUCUUGAAGAACAAAAAAUUAGGGUUUGGGGUUUCUGGGUCUGUGGGCUAUAAUGCUUUAGGGACUAGUUGUGGGUUUUCUGUGAAUCUGUAAUGCUGAUUAGGGAUUAGCAUGUUGUCUCAUGCUUGAUUGUUAAACGUAUCUUGGAUGUAAUUAUUAAGAACAGAUGGUUUUCCGUUGAUGGAGAUGAUAAUCUCUCUCUUCCUGCUUAUGUUCGUGGUUGUUGACUAAAUAUCAUCUGGUAGCGUUUGCGUA